AUGGCGGAUCAUCAGGUACUGUUCUUUGGCUGCGUGGCGGUGACACUCACGGAGGUGCGCGUAAAGGAUGCCGUGUUUCCCACGAAGAUGCAGAACAACAACGGGGUAAACUUUUUUGUGCGGAUGGCGAUUCUACCGAAGGAAGGCAACGAAACGGAAGAACGAAUGGGCGAAUAUGUUGACUCCUCCAUGCACCCGCUGAAAAGCGCAGAGAUGGCUGAGGAGCUACUCAUCCCCGUCAUGCUGGAGCGCGCCUUACCAGUCUCUGCCGUCGCAGGUGGCCUCAGUCUUUCCUAUGAAACGCCGAAGCAAAAUAACGAGAAGGAUCACAUUGCUGAUGAUAAUGGUACUGCUGUGCGUGGUGACAACGGCCAUGGAAUGAGCGUGGAGCUGCAUCUAGAGGUUGCGGUUGCGCGUGGGACCCUUCAGGCGACUAUUGCACAUCGUAAGGUGAUUAUUGAAUCAUUGCUUAAUAUUGCACAUGAGAAGUGUGGUGUGGUGGCUGCACAUGUCUCUGCUGACGCGUUGCGCCAGUGCGCUGUGUGGGGGAAGGGAUUUUCGUUGCCCACCACAGACAAGAGUUGCGUUUUAGAGGAAACCCAUGAAGACGACGAGAACGACGAUGAUGGCGUGUGUUCGGGCAUGGAAGUAGAGUUUAUUGUGCGUGCCCUCGAUAUGUCUGAGCCGCUGCGUUUCAUGCUCGCGGCUGAGUGUGAGGCUCGCAAUCUUCUACAUAUGCCAAAACGCGAGAUCCAGACGACAUUUCUGCUUCCCGCUUUGCGGUUGCCGUACGGUGCGUUGCCUCUUUUUCUGCUCCACCAGCAUUACCGCCGCUUCUACGAGCAUUUCUUUAACAAGACGCUGAAUCCUUCCGACCAAGUGGCCAAGCUGCUGUCCGUGGACGACGGGAAUAUCGGGGCUUGUCGUUGGUGUGCUCUGAGUGUUGUUGACAUGCGUCGUAAUAUUCUUGGCGAGGAGGCUCUGGCUCCUUUGUUAGCGACACUGUAUCACUGUCCGUCCCUCAGCUCGCUGGUGCUCGAUCAGAAUAGCCUGGGGGAUUUCACCUGUUAUUGGAUCGCUGCCCUUUUCCACAAGCACCGCCUCCUGCGAGAGGUCUCGCUGUAUCGCAACAACAUCCACGAAUGUGGCGCAGAGCAGCUCCUCCGCCUCACAAGAAGGAAUAAAAUUCUGACACAGCUCAAUGUUAUUGGCAACCCGUGUUCUCCCCAAAUCUUGCAGCGCAUUCAGCGGGUGACAGAGGUGAAUCAGGCGGCACUGAAAAAGGACCCUUUUAAUGUUAUUUCCUCGCUAUACGACUACGCUGUCUCCCCCAACUCCUUUUCGCCGGAUAUUGUCAAGAAGGCCCUCAUCCUGUGGGCCAUGUUGUCGAGCUCUUCUCUGAAAGCAGCUGACAGCACGUUGGAGAGCAAGCAACCAUCACUUAUUCCCCAAUGUGCAUUGGCCCCACUGUUGAAUGAAGUCAUGCGCACUGUGGCGUUGGAGAUGUCUUUUUUGAUACAGGAUCAUUUUAUACGCAUGGUGUUUGUCGACAUUGAGACACACUGGAGGGCAACUCUCUCCCUACAAGAUGAAGAUGGAAAGCCGGCGCUUGAGGAAGACGAUGGAGGGAGGGAAACGGGGCAUGGCGAGUUGAGGGUCUGGGAAGGGAAUGACGACGAGGGAGAGCAUGUGUUCCCUCCCGUGGACGUGGAGGAGCUCUACAGCUACUCAUUCCUGCGCGUGAUUGUUGUGACCAUGCGAAGUAUGUUGCGAGAAGGAGACUGGGCUGAAAGCAAAACCGUAUUGCAGGCUAUUGGACGAAGUCAGCAAGCCAUUGGUGUUACCCCAGAGGAUUACCGCGUCGCUUUGAAGGUGUUUAUUCGGGCCCUUACCAUUGUAUGCGGCGGAGAACACGCGGAUGCGGAAAACUCCGCUGCUUUUCUCCAACUUCUUGCGCUAGGUGUAAGAACCACCCUGGGUGUACAGUGCCACGACUGUAAUAAAUGA